AUGAGAGAGUUCAAAAGCAUGCAUCUGAACAUAACAUUAGAGAAGAUGGUAGAAAAAUUUUGGGAGACAGAGAGAUUAGAGUCAGAGGAAAACGACACUCUCACCCCACAAGAACUUCGAGCUGAGAACAUUUAUCAAGAUACAGUAGCAAGAGAUACAAACGGAAGAUACAUCGUAUCACUUCCAUUCAAGUGUGACAAACCUACUUUACCAGAGAAUUCGAGAGAAAUCGCACUGAGAAGAUUCAUGAGCACUGAGAGAAGAUUAGAAGCAAACACAAAAUUGAGAGAAUCCUACAAUGAAGUCAUGAGAGAGUACAUAAUGUUACAACAUAUGGAAUUAGUUGAACGAGAUGAACCUAUGAGAGAGCCAGACAGAAGAGUAUACCUGUCACAUCAUCCUGUGAUCCGUGAAGAUAGAGACACUACUAAGCUUCGGGUAGUUUAUGACGCUUCAUGCAGAGGAGCCAACGGAGUAAGCCUCAACUCAGAACUGCUAAUUGGUCCGUCACUUCUGGGAGAUCUUCGAGACAUUCUUAUGAGAUGGAGAACGCAUAAAGUCUGCUUUGUCGCCGAUGUCAUCAAAAUGUACCGGCAGAUCCUUGUAAGAAGAGAAGACACAGACUUUCAGAGAAUACUUUGGAGAUUCAGCCCUGAUGAAGACAUAAGAGAGUAUAGAAUGCUAACUGUAACCUUCGGAACAGCAUGUGCACCAUUCUUAGCAAUCAAAACCCUGAGACAGAUAGCAAUCGAUGAGGCAAACACAGAAGAUUAUGCACAAGCUCGAGAAAUCAUCAACCAUUCUUUCUACAUGGAUGAUGUACUGUCAGGGGGAAAUACAAUAGAAACCGCAGUAGAGGCUAAACGUCAACUGACAGAAGUACUAAGAAGAGGAGGCUUCGAGUUACAAAAAUGGUCUUCAAACAGCAAAGAAUUCAUAAACACAGUAGAACCAGAGAAGAGAGCGAAGAAUUCUGAGAUAGACAUCAACAAAAAAGAGACAAUCAAAACAUUAGGAAUCACUUGGAACUCAAACGAAGAUACCCUCUUAGUAACAAACAAAAUCAACACUUUAUCUGAGCAGCGAGUAACAAAGAGAAACGUCUUAACAGUCAUCGCUUCCCUGUUUGAUCCAAUGGGUUGGCUAGCACCAUCUGUAGCCAUGGCGAAAAUAUUUCUACAGAAGACCUGGUCAAGAGAAUUAUCAUGGGACACAGAGUUACCUGAAGACUUGAAGACAGAGUGGAAGACUUUCUGCAGAGGCAUAGAGCACCUGUCAGACGUGAAGCUUGAGAGAUGGAUCGGAACGACCAACAACAGCGAGUUAGUAGAACUGCAUGGCUUUGCUGAUGCAUCAAUGUCAGCCUACGCAGCAGUAGUCUACAGCAGAGUAAUCCAACCAGACGGAGAAGUCAAAAUAUCACUCAUCAUGGCAAAAACAAAAAUCUCACCGUUGAAAAAACAACUCACUUUGCCCCGUCUUGAACUGAGUGCAGCACUGCUACUGAGCCAACUACUGAAACACGUCGCUACAGCUAUGAGAAUCGAGCACAACCAUACAUACGCUUAUUCAGAUUCAAAAGUAACCUUAGCCUGGAUUCUCGGAGACCCGCUGAAGUGGACAACAUUUGUGAAAAACCGAGUCAUUGCAAUCAACAACAACAUAGAUACAACAUGGUCGUACGUGAACACAAAAGAAAACCCUGCAGAUCCCGCAUCGAGAGGAGUCACACCUGAGAAAUUAAAAGAACAUACACUAUGGUUUCAAGGCCCAACAUUUUUACAUCAAAGAGAAUGGAGAAGAGAACACUAUGAAGUAGAAGAUACAGAUCUAGAAACAAGAAAAUCUAUCAAAUGCGCAACUACUACCUUGUCAGAGAAGACUCAGAAGACAGAAGAUUUCAUACUUACAAUUUCAAAGAGAUAUUCAUCAUUGAGAAAACUCAUCUCAGUCAUAGCCUACUGUAGAAGAUGGCUUAUCUUAAAAAACAAACAUGUAAAAGAAACUGCAAUGGUAACUAAAGCAAUACAUAUAGAAUGUAUGAGCAACAUGUCUAUGGAAGCGUUCAUGGCAGCAUUUAGAAGAUUUACAUCAAGAAGAGGAUUCGUCAAGGAGAUGUGGAGUGACCACGGGACUAACUUCAUUUCCUCGAGCAAAGAAAUACUAGAGACUUGGAGACUUGGCAAGUCAACAAUCCCUGUUGAACUAGCAGCCCUACUAGAUACAGAAGGCACCAAGUGGAAGUUCAUUCCUCCUGGAUCACCAAACCAUGGCGGAUUGUGGGAGGCCGGAGUCAAGAGUAUCAAGUUUCAUCUUAAGAGAACUCUCGGAGACGCUACACCUACCUUCGAAGAAUUUACAACUCUUUUGAACCAGGUCGAGGCUUGUCUGAACUCAAGACCUUUAUCACCGCUGAGCGAUCAUCCUGAUGACCUAGAGCCGCUGACACCAGCACAUUUUCUUGUCGGAGAACCCUUCUGCGUGACUUCUGCUGAGUGGAAUGAUGAUGAUGGCUAA